CCCGACGGACAGUCACCGGUGCGACACUGACGCAGAGAAUCUGAUGCAAGUUUAAGGAUAUAAUCACAUCUUCAAACUUAAACACGGUGAUGAUGUCAGAGAGUGAAACAGCAACAGAUUUGAGCGUGAUGGAUCUUUAUAAUCAUCUGACAGCACAGGGAGAAACAGUCAGAAACCUCAAAACAAACAAAGCUCCUAAAGUUGAUAUUGAUGCUGCUGUUCAGUUAUUACUGAAGAUGAAGGUUGAUUAUAAACAGGUCACCGGUCAGGACUAUAAGGCCGGAUGUCCGCCGGUGGAUGGUUUGGUCUCGAUUGAUAACGACUCAGCUGUGGAGGAGGGAGACGAUCAGGUCGAUCCGUGGACUGUGUCCACCAGCAAUGCUAAAGGAGUGGACUAUGAUAAACUCAUCGUGCGGUUUGGCAGCAGUAAGAUCGAUCAGGAGCUGGUGGACAGAAUCGCUCGUGUCACUGGAAAAACGCCACAUCAUUUUCUGCGCAGAGGAAUCUUCUUCUCACACAGGGAUAUGCAUCAGAUACUGGAUGCAUAUGAGAAACAGAAGUCUUUUUAUCUGUACACGGGCAGAGGACCCUCGUCAGAGGCCAUGCAUGUGGGUCACCUGAUCCCCUUCAUCUUCACCAAGUGGCUUCAGGAUGCGUUUGACGUUCCUCUGGUCAUUCAGUUGACGGAUGAUGAGAAAUAUCUGUGGAAAGAUCUGUCACAGGAAGAGUGUCAUCGUUACGCAGUGGAGAACGCUAAAGACAUCAUCGCUUGUGGAUUUGAUGUGAACAAAACCUUCAUCUUCUCUGAUAUGGACUAUAUGGGGUCGAGUCCUUCCUUUUACAGAAACGUUGUGAAGAUUCAGAAACACGUCACAUUUAAUCAAGUAAAAGGAAUCUUUGGAUUCACAGACAGUGACUGUAUCGGUAAAAUCAGUUUUCCAGCGAUUCAAGCGGCUCCGUCUUUCAGUAACUCGUUCCCGCAGAUCUUCGGCGACAGAAAAGACGUUCAGUGUCUCAUUCCAUGUGCCAUUGAUCAGGAUCCUUAUUUCCGCAUGACUCGUGAUGUUGCCCCACGGAUCGGUUACCCCAAACCCGCUCUGCUGCACUCCACGUUCUUCCCGGCGCUGCAGGGAGCUCAAACCAAGAUGAGCGCCAGCGACGCCAACUCUUCUAUAUUCCUCACAGACACGCCCAAACAGAUCAAGAAUAAGGUAAAUAAACAUGCGUUUUCUGGAGGUAAAGACACUGUAGAGGAACACAGGAAGUUCGGAGGAAAUCCAGACGUGGACGUUUCCUUCAUGUAUCUGACGUUUUUCCUGGAAGACGACGAGCAGCUGGAGAAGAUCAGACAGGAUUACAGCAGUGGAGCGCUUCUGACCGGUGAACUCAAGAAAUGUUUAAUCGAGACGCUCCAGCCGAUGAUCACGGCUCACCAAGAGAAACGCAAACUAGUGACAGACGAAACCGUCAAACAGUUCAUGAGUCCACGCAAGUUACACUUCAACUCCUGAUGUAUCUACCAGAGGAAUGAUUAAACGAGCUCUUCACAUGAACGCCACAUCAGAAUCACAGCUGUUGAACAAAACCUGAUCAUGUCCAUUUCUGCUUGUGUUGAAUAAAUCUGAUCUCACACAAC